AUGCAUGAAUUUUUUCAUAUAUUUAUCCGAUCUUAUUCUAAUGAUUUUUCUUCUGGUACACCUCAUCGAAUUGAAUCAUUAGAAGGUGGAUAUCUAUUUGAAAAGCAAAUCUUUGGUACAAUUCAAUACAAUUUCUGGUAUGAUGAUAAUUGUUGUGAAUUAAUAUUCAAUAAAAAUAUAUGGUUGUUAUCGACAAAUAAUUGUAUAUUUACAAAUGAUAUACUAAAAAAAUUAAAUAAUAUAUGUCAAACUGAUGAAAAAUAUCGUAGAAAUAUCCCAAAUACAAAAUAUUCUGGUGUUGAAAAGGGUGUUAAUAAAAGACUUUUCUAUGAUUAA